GACCAACCAACAGUCACCCUACCGAAUCACGUCCCCCUGGAAUUUUGAAAUUUCGAAAAUCGUUGAUUGAUGUCUUAAAUGGGUACGUAUAGGUAUUAAGUAUGCGCGAUAACGAUAUCGGACUGUCCAACGUGAUUGAGCAUGCUAUCCUUACGGGGGAUCAUCCACCCAUUAGCUGCGUUCCUUACCGAUACUCGCCAGCCCAAUGGGCGGCCACGUUUCAGCGGAUCAAGGAAUUCGAAGCUAAUGGAUGUAUCGAACCCACUAUAGGACCGUGGUCGUUUCCUGUGGUAAUCGUGACCAAGAAGGCCGGAGGGAUUCGCAUAUGCAUCGAUUAUCGGAAACUAAACGAUAUCACGAUCAAAGAUGUGUACCCCCUUCCCCGGAUUGAUGAGCUGUUGGAUGCGAUUGGGAGUGCUCGGUUGUUCAGUAAGUUUGAUGUUCGACAUGGGUUUCACCAUCUACUUGUUCGAGAGGAGGAUCGUCCGAAAAUGGCGUUUGUGUUGUUCGAAGGUACCUGGCAAUGGGUUCGAUGUCCAAUGGGUAUUUGCAAUGCCCCCGCAAUCUUUCCGCGAGCCAUGACCAUGGCUUUUCAUAACUUUGUGCGGAAGACACGUCUCGCGCAGAGUAUCAUCAACUAUUGCGUGAUCGUGUACAUGGAUGAUAUUCUAGUGUAUUCGAGUUCUUACGAGGGGCAUGUGCAGCACAUCGAAUGGACGCUGCAUGCACUAAGGGAUGUCGGUUUCAAGGUGGCGCUGGAGAAAUGCCAGUUCUUUCUCACCACCAUUUCCUUCUUGGGACACGUGGUGACGGACCAGGGACUCAUACCAGAACCGCAAAAAGUGGCAGUUGUGAGAGACGCGCCUGUGCCCACGACUAUCACGCAAGUUCGCGCCUUUCUAGGCCUGGCCUCGUACUACCGAAGAUUUAUCAAGGGCUUCGCGGCUAUUGCGGGUCCCCUCAUGAAUCUGCUGAAAAAGGAUCAGUCGUUGAUCUGGACGCCAGAGUGUGAUCAAGCGUUUUCAAAGCUCAAGGCAGAUCUUAUUUCGGCUCCGGUCCUUAUAAGACCGGAUCCUGCGAACUGUGUGGCGCGAGACCUUUGUCGAUCUGUCUGUGUGCUUGGCCCGAGUGCAAGUGACGUGGACGACGAGCAUCAGGCGUGUAUUGAGUACCUGGAGCUGAUGAUCAUCCAGGCUUGGAGAACUGACGUGGAGGGCGAUCUUCUCGCUUUCCUCUUCGGAUCGGUUUGGCCAGGCCAUCGCCAACCUAUUACUCAAAAACUCGUCGUCCCGCUCUCGCAAUUGGCUGACGAUCUCUCUCUCGACAUCGUUUCGCAAAGUGACGACAGUCCGGCUCCGCACGUCAUCACGCGGACGUUAGCGCCGUAUCUUCAGUGGACUGCAUGCUUGGAAGAACCCGGGAGUGAAAGCACUCUGCCGUCGUGGCAGGAGUACUUGAAGCCGUAUGGAAUCAUCGAUCGUGCCUUCUUUCCGAAGGAAGAUCCUGAGGAGGCGCUUGAAGGAGAAGAAGAAGCCACCGAAGAAGAGGGCGACGCCGACGAAGAAACGUCGGAGGAAGGAAGUUAUAGUGAGUACAGCGAAGGGGAGCAGACUGAAGAAGAGGAGGAGGUAGAAGAAGAAGACGAAGAGGAGGAAGCCGGAUCAGAGUGGGAGGAUUUGCCGGAAGAAGUGGCGCGCACCGGCAGGGAGGCGGAAGACCCCGAGGAGGCACGGAGAAGGGAAGAGAUCGCCGCCGGGAAAAGCCAGUUGGAGUUCGCCAGUGAGGCGAACCUGCGUAUCGACGACGACCCGACCAGGGAUCCAAAGCCCCUCGAGCCCGAAGACGACGGCCCAGCAACCGCGGCUCCGAGCGCAUCACGACAAAAACGGAGCCGAUCCCCCUCCCCCUCCACCCCAGCCCAUCCCCCAGUUCGUCCGCGUACCGAUGCGGGGAAUCGGCGUUCGUCCCCGAUCAUUAUCCCGCCGUCCCCUUGAUUACCUCACCCUCUGCCACAGACUGCCAGAUCUCUACCCCCGUCACCUUCCCUCGCAACCCCUUUCCUCCCAAUACCUUCCGUCACUUUAACUCCACCCGUCUCGCCGUUACCGUCCAUCCCCACCCUUCCCUUCAAUGCGCAAACCCCACGUUCUGUUUACACGUCCUUUUGCUCAGCACCCCGUGGGAACAAAGUAACGCAGUAGAA